CCGCGGGAGCCGCCGGGCCGGCGGAGAGAGGCCGCAGGGCAUGCCAGCCGCCUGCCCCGAUGUUUCACUGGAGCAAGUGGAAGAAGAGGAUGGGAGCGAGCGCCUCCUCCUCCAAGAGACCCGUCUUCGACGAGCGGGAGGACGUGAACUUUGACCACUUCCAGAUUCUCCGGGCCAUUGGGAAGGGAAGCUUUGGCAAGGUGUGCAUCGUGCAGAAGAGGGACACGGAGAAGAUGUACGCCAUGAAGUACAUGAACAAGCAGCAGUGCAUCGAGAGGGACGAGGUGCGCAACGUGUUCCGGGAGCUGGAGAUCCUGCAGGAGAUCGAGCACGUGUUCCUGGUGAAUCUCUGGUAUUCCUUCCAGGACGAGGAGGACAUGUUCAUGGUGGUGGACCUGCUCCUGGGAGGUGACCUGCGCUACCACCUGCAGCAGAACGUUCAGUUCACUGAGGAGACAGUCAAACUCUACAUCUGUGAGAUGGCGCUGGCCCUCGACUACCUGCGGAGCCAGCACAUCAUCCACAGAGAUGUAAAGCCAGACAACAUCCUCCUCGAUGAACAAGGUCAUGCCCAUUUAACAGAUUUUAAUAUUGCAACAAUCAUUAGGGACGGUGAAAGAGCGACAGCAUUGGCUGGGACAAAGCCAUACAUGGCCCCGGAGAUUUUCCAUUCCUUCCUGAGCGGCGGCACGGGCUAUUCCUUCGAGGUGGACUGGUGGUCUCUGGGAAUCAUGGCCUACGAGCUGCUGCGGGGCUGGAGGCCGUACGACAUCCACUCCAACAACCCCGUGGAGUCUCUGGUGCAGCUCUUCAGCACCGUCAGCGUCCAGUACUCCUCAGCCUGGUCCAAGGAAAUGGUCGCGCUGCUGCGGAAGCUGCUGACAGUGAACCCCGAGCAUCGCUUCUCCUGCCUGGCGCACAUCCAGGCCUCGGCUCAGCUCUCGGGCGUGGUGUGGAGCGACGUGAGCGAGAAGCGCGUGGAGCCAGCCUUCGUCCCCAACAAGGGCCGCCUGCACUGUGACCCCACCUUCGAGCUGGAGGAGAUGAUUCUGGAGUCGAGGCCCCUGCACAAGAAGAAGAAGAGGCUCGCAAAGAACAAGUCAAGGGAUAACAGCAAAGACAGCUCCCAGUCUGAAAAUGACUAUCUCCAGGAAUGCCUUGAAGCCAUCCAGCAGGACUUUGUCAUCUUCAACAGAGAGAAGCUAAAGAAGAGCCAAGAGCCGCCCAGCGACUCUGUGUCUGCCUCCGAGACCGCCGAGGAGGCCGAGACCGCCGAGGAGGCCGAGGCCGAGCCCCUGCACAUGUGCAGCUCCGUGUGCUCCUCGGGCAGCAGCUAGGCCAGGCCAGCUCCCCUGGAGCAAGCAGAGUUCCCACAGGACUGCCCCGGCCGUGGAUCACCAGCCCAGCUCCCCCUGAGAGCUGGAGCAAGCAGAGUUCCCACAGGACUGCCCCGGCCGUGGAUCACCAGCCCAGCUCCCCCUGAGAGCUGGAGCAAGCAGAGUUCCCACAGGACUGCCCCGGCUGUGGAUCGCCAGCCCAGCUCUCCCUGAGAGCUGGAGCAAGCAGAGUUCCCACAGGACUGCCCCGGCCGUGGAUCACCAGCCCAGCUCCCCCUGAGAGCUGGAGCAAGCAGAGUUCCCACAGGACUGCCCCGGCCGUGGAUCGCCAGGCCGGCACCAUGGCUGCCUGUCGGGGAAGAUGCGGCCUAUGCAACUUGUCAGGGGAGGAGAUCAACUUAUUUAGUCUUUCUGUUUUAACGUCAGGUUGCUGAUCUACACGUUUUUAAUGCAGUGAGAGGACAGGGAAUGAAGCCAUGUCCUUGGGUCCCACAGGAGAGACCAGGAGCAGGGAGACACGGAGCAGGGAGCGAGGCCAGAGAGGCGAUGUGGGCUCCACUCUGGCGCUCCUGUUCACAAAUGCUGCUCUGGGGAUGGGCAGUCCCUGUGCAAACCAGGGGCUCUCUGGCACCAGCUCCCGGGAGCCUCCAGCUGCUUGGGUCCUGCAGCACAAGGAUGUCCCAGGCACCUCCUUGUCCCUGUGUCACCUGUCAGUUCCUUUCCCGAUUCAAGGCAAAUAAAUGUUUUUGUGCACUCCGUGGAUUCUGCAGGGGCUGGGUAAUGGUUCAAUGCAUAUUUGAGAUGCAGAACAUUUAAAAUGUUUUCUUCCUUGAUGUGGCUGCUGCAGGCAGUGAGGAGCAGUGGGGUGGGUUGGAGGGUCUGCCCCCAUGUGCCCAGGUUCAGAGGACACAGUUUAUCACAGGUGAGGUUUGGUUGGAGGCAGAGCGGGUGGCCUUGCAAGGCUGCUUGGUUAUGAAACACCCUUCACCUUCGAUUUACUUUAUUUUCAGUGUAAAGUACAAGUACUGUAUAUAAUUUGCCAAUACCUGUCUUAACUUCUUAAUAAGACGGGAAAUCUUCCCUUGCUCCAGCUGUGGGAGCCUUUCUUGUUCCAGGGGCCUUCACUGUAUUAGUUGUUGAAGCUGCUGCAGGGGGGUUUGGUUGCUGUGGCUGAACCCUGUGAGCCCUGCAGUGCCACACGACUGCUCCAGGUGCGUGGUGGCACCACAGGCACCAUCAAACCACCAGCAGCUGUUUGCUGCCAGACGCUGGGAGGCUGCAGUGUUUGCAUCCCUGCUGGCUAUUCCUGAUGCAGAAAUGGAUGGGAGAUGUUUCUGACAGAUCACAUUCUGGCAGGACCAGUUUUGCUGCAGUUUUUGUUUCCAUGAACAAACCAGAAAGGCAGAAUGGUACAAAAUGAUCUUCCACAGGCAAGGACAUGGCACGUGUGUCUCCCACAGUUUUAUGUGGGAAUCAGUGUGUGGCUCCACUUGUGCAGGGAUGUGUUUUCAUGGAAGCCUUUAAGGGCGUGCAGGAGGAGGGGAGCUGAAGCUCUGGGUCCAGUGGCAUGGUUAUUUUCAGGGCAGAACCAGGAGCUGCUGUCAGGCCCGGGGUUCCUGGUGUCAGCCAUGGGUCCUGCACACCCCGUGCCUCGUUAGGAGCUGUGUUAACGAUGGCUCAGGGGCUGUGGCCAGUGAUUGAGUGAGGGCUGAAAUCAUUGUGUCCUCCUGCUCCUUCUCCCAGCUGCAGGAGGGUGCUACCCUGGCUCUGAUCCCAGGCAGUGCUGGGGGAACCUGCCCUCCCUGCCCCCAGUAACUUCCAGUCUCUUUGCUGGCUACCAGGGAGGCCUGAUUACCUUUUCUCACCUGCCAGAGCUCACCUUUGUGUGCUGAGCAGCCCUGCUCCACACGGGCAGCCUGGUCCUCUCCCCGGGGCUCUGUGCUCACCUUGUGUCUCCAUCCCACAUCUCAGCUGGAGCACCAGCUCUGUCCUGCCACAGCAGAUGAGGCUCAAACCAUGUAUUUAUUCAGGAGUUAUGUAUUACAGGUGAUUUACUCCAGCAGUGUGAGUGGGGUUUUACAGUGAAUUCCAUUGCAUUAUUUAGAAAGUUCCUGUAAAUAACAGCAAAAUUUUGGACUAUUGGAAUGACGAGGAGCGGUGCUGAUUUUUUGACCAAACCAUCCCACAGAUGAGUGAUGAAGAUACAUCCUCUUCAGCCAGAAGCUCUCAGGCCAGGAGAGGUGUUGGCAGUUCCAGGACGUGUGUAAUUGAUGUUUUCAUUACUUUCCUUAGGACAAGAGACCAGUGGGCCCUGCAGUGAGGGUCGGUGUGUGUGGAAGGAGCUGGCUUGCUUCUGAAACUGAGGUUUCUCAGCCCAAGCCCUCUCUGUCAGUCACCUGCUCCCCCUGCAGCACUCCUCCAGUGCAUUGUGCAAAGCAGCUCAGCAGCACCUGGCAGAAACCAGGAGGGCUUCUGGGGGGGUGCCAGGGAAUGGCUCCUUCCCAGGGGAAACACUCUGGGUGGGUCCUGCCACCCCUGGAAUCCUGCAGUGCAUCUCCAGGGAUGUGCUGGGGCACUGUUGAACCUGAAUCCCUGAGAGCAGCAGCAGACAGAGCUGUGGGGUCACUGUGCUGUGUGGGAGAGAACCAUGGACAAAUCACUCAAGUGCUUGGUUUUGGUCUUAAAUAAUAUUUGGGCAUAACCUCACCAGAGCCCACAGGGGACAAGGUUUCAUUGAUACCUGUUUGCAGUCAGUCCCUGGACAAGAAAUGGCAUGAAAAGAGCAAUUGGAAAAGGGACAAGUGAUAGGAAACAGCUCAGUGUUACUGUCAGAGCCCCUGUGGAGGGUUUCAGUGCUCUGGGGCCUCCUGCCCCCCGUGCCCCACUCUGGGCCCCUCUUGUGUCCCCACUGCUGUGUCCCUGUGAGGAGGCAGUGCCAGCUGAGCCCAGCUCGGUCCUGUUGGCCCUACACAUCUCUGUGGCUCCUGCCAGGGUGUCCCAUGUCCAGCUCACCCCAUCCACAAGGCAGUCCUGGGCGUUUGAUCCUCUCUCCUCCCUUGUGCCACUCCCUGGCUGCUGGCACAGGCUGGGCUGGGGAUGGGGACAAAGGAUGGGCGUGGUGCCCAUGGUGGUGCCCCUGCUCUGGCUGAGCCCUGGCUGCUGCUGCUGCUGAGCAAACCUCACAGUGAAGUCGUGACAGAGCCCUGCUCCCACGUCCCAGCUUGGAAGGUGUCACUAACAGCUCUGGGCUGCACCUCCACUACAGCCAGAACACAGGAAUUUUCUGUACAUAAAUAUUUAAAUACCUGUAUUUUUUUGUAUGACAGAUUUAUACAGUGUGUGCCAUUAUCUGCUGUGAAAAGUCUACAGCACCUAUAAAUUAUUCUCCUUUAAUCACUUGCCAUGAGACUGUUUUCUUAUCUCUGUUGUGUUAUGAAGUUUUGCAAAGUUGCAUAUUUUUAAGUGUUUGCAUUGAAUUCCACAGCCUUCACUGGGAAUUUGGUGCAUAAGACAAAUGGCAGGUCAGGUCCUGAUGUUUCUUCUGUUGCCAAUUCUCUAUUACUCCAGAGCUUGCCAAAAAGAGUCUAAGAGUAAUAAAAUAAUAGCAAAAAUAUUAGUAAUAUGGACUUGACCCUGGACUGAAAUCCUGCUGCCUUGGGAGGGUAUUUUUAAAAAUUAUUUCAGUGCAGAUAUAUGUAAAUAUAUCUUUGUAUUUUAUGUUGAUACAUUCCCGUAGUUUUCUUGCAUGACAAUUUUACCACAUCACAGAAUAUUUAAUUUUAUGACGAGGUUGUGUUUUUGCAGAUACCGUCGGAAUAGCGCCAUUGCACACGUGGAGUAAUAAAUGUGUAUUUUUAACAUUGC